AUGUACGCGAGUACGCGUACAAAGAGAGAUGCAGAGAGAGAUGCAGAGAGAGAUGCAGAGGAGGAUGCAGAGGAGGAUUCAGAGGAAGAAUCAGAGCAGGAUUCAAUCGUAGAGCGUGCCAUAGAAGAGCACGAAAAAAAAUCAGCACGAGACGCCGAGAUUCAGCGGCGAGCUGUCAGGCGAUAUGCCCAGCACCUGGCCCAUGCCCGCCAGCAACAGACAGAACUGCUGGAGGAACUCUUCAACUCGUGCCGUCCCGGAGCAGUGGGUGGCUUCCUGCCCGGCGUCAAGCAAAUCGCGAAUGUGGCCGCCCUGCCAGGAAUUGUGGGUCGCUCAAUCGGCCUGCCUGACAUACACUCCGGCUAUGGAUUCGCCAUCGGGAACAUGGCCGCUUUUGACAUGGAUAGCCCGCUGUCGAUAGUGAGUCCUGGCGGCGUGGGCUUCGACAUCAAUUGCGGGGUCCGCCUGCUGCGCACCAAUUUGUACGAGAAGGACGUGCAGCCCGUGAAGGAGCAGCUGGCACAGUCUCUGUUCGACCACAUACCUGUCGGGGUGGGCUCAAAGGGCAUCAUUCCGAUGAACGCCCGUGACCUGGAGGAGGCCUUGGAAAUGGGGAUGGACGUCUGGGCCGAGGACAAGGAGCACUGCGAGGAGUACGGCCGCAUGGUGAACGCCGACCCCGCCAAGGUAAGCAUGCGGGCCAAGAAGCGUGGUCUGCCGCAGCUUGGAACACUGGGUGCCGGCAACCACUACGCCGAGAUCCAGGUGGUGGACGAAAUCUACGACAAGUGGAGCGCCUCCAAGAUGGGCAUCGAGGAGAAGGGCCAGGUGGUCGUCAUGAUACACUCGGGAAGUCGCGGCUUUGGUCACCAGGUGGCCGCGCUGGUGCAAAUGGAAAAGGCCAUGAAACGCGACAAGAUAGAGACCAACGAUCGGCAGCUGGCCUGCGCCCGCAUCAACUCUGUGGAGGGACAGGUCUACCUCAAGGCCAUGGCGGCGGCGGCCAACUUCGCCUGGGUCAACCGCAGCUCCAUGACCUCCAUGCCAGGGGGCGUCGGAGACUCUCCGCCUACGUGCCCUUAAAUUGGACCAUGCCAAGUGGUCGCCCGAUAUCGUGAAUGCUGUCUGUAAGGUUGCACGCUCCCUACUCUUCUUGGACAUGCGUCACUGUGAUGUGCGGG